AUGGAACCAUUCGACUGGUCGUUAAAGCCACACCACCGCACACGUGGUCGUCGCACAGAGAACGUCUUGCUGAAGCAGCGGGGGAGCAGCAGCAUCCGGGUGAUAGACUUCGGGUCCUCAUGCUACGUCCACCAGCGGGUCUACACCUACAUCCAGAGCCGCUUCUACAGGUCGCCGGAGGUCAUCCUGGGGCUACCCUACGGACUACCCAUCGACAUGUGGAGCCUGGGGUGCAUCCUGGCCGAGCUGUACACGGGAUACCCGCUGUUCCCCGGUGAGAACGAGGUGGAACAGCUGGCUUGCAUCAUGGAGGUGCUGUCACUGCCGCCCCACCACCUGCUCAUCGCCGCCUCCACGCCACUUCUUGCUGGGGUUUGGGUGGGGGUGGCGCCGGACUCCAAGGGGAAUCCCCGAUGUGUGACGAACAGCAAAGGCAAGAAGCGCCGCCCAGGGUCACGUGACUUGGCCUCCGUCCUAAAGUGCUCCGAUUUGAAUUUCGUCCACUUCAUAUCUCGCUGUCUUGAUCCUAGAAUUGUUAACACUUUCUACAAUCGCGAAGAUUCUAACAUUUGCAACAGGAACAACGAAGGGAAUAGCAUAGAAAUUGUGUUAAAAACUGAUUUGCGAUGCAGUUUCUUUAAGCAUACGGCCAUGGGUCCUGUAUACAAAGGCAAGCGGCACCGCGACAACUGCGCCCUCGCGGCUGAGUCCGGCGCCAAGAACGACAGCAGUUCGUCGGCCACCAACUCGAACCCCGCCGCCGCCUCCUCCAACGGCAACCAGGACGGCACCUCCACGGAGAAUUCCCUCGACGAUUCCGGAACGUUCCUCCCGCCAAUCCUAUAA